AUGGCGGAUCUAAUCGAUGAAAAGCAUCAAUCCACGGACGCUGAUAAUAUCAAAAAGAAGUCAAAAGACCUGGAACGAAAUAUCACAAUACAUGAAGGGGAAUUGCAAGCUGCUAUGUUCAAGCAUGCCGAUCCUAACGAUGGCGAUGAGGCACUAAAGGCGUUUGCUGAUCACGAAGGUGAAGUCAUUGUCAUGACCCCAGAGAUGGAGAAGAAAUUAUUGAGAAAGAUUGAUUGGAAUUUAAUGCCCAUGCUUUGUGUCGUGUAUGGGCUCAACUAUCUCGAUAAAACAACACUUUCCUAUGCUAGUAUCAUGGGCAUGAAAAACUCACUCAAUCUUAAGGGUGACAAUUAUCAAUGGCUAGGAUCGAUGUUCUACAUUGGUUAUCUGAUCUGGGAGUAUCCGACCAAUCUUCUUUUACAAAGACUGCCACUUGCCAAAUGGUCUUCGUUCAAUAUUAUCGCUUGGGGUGCUACAUUGUGUUGCAUGGCAGCGACAAGCAAUUUUGCAGGUGCCGUGGCAGUGCGCUUCUUCCUUGGAUUAUUCGAGGCCGCAGUCACUCCUGGAUUUACCCUUUUUACAUCCCAAUGGUAUACGAAAGAAGAGCAAGGCUUUAGAACUGGAAUAUGGUUUAGUUUCAAUGGCUUUGCUCAAAUCUUUGGUGGUCUCGUUGCGUACGGCAUCUCGGUUGGUGUCAAGAAACAUGGAGCAGGCAUUGAAUCGUGGCAGAUCGUAUUCUUGACUAUUGGUCUGAUAACAGUGGCUGUCGGAUGCAUAUUCCUCUAUUUCAUGCCAGACAAUCAAUUGAAUGCCAAAUUCCUAAAUCCGCAAGAGAGAAUUAUGGCACUUGAACGUAUCAGGAAGAAUCAACAAGGAGUGGGCAAUAAACAUCUCAAAAUGUACCAGUUGAAAGAAGCUCUGGCCGAUCCGGUAACUUGGGCCUUCGUCUUUUAUGCAUUAGUUGCAGAUAUCCCUAACGGCGGUAUCUCGAACUUCUUUUCCCAACUAAUAGUGUCAUUCGGUUACACCCCUGAUGAAUCACUACUUUAUGGAACCCCCGGCGGUGCCGUCGAAGUUGUUGCGCUCCUUCUUUGUGGUUAUCUUGGAGACAAAUACGGUCAUAGACUCCUAAUCUCCAUCUCCGGUCUCUUAAUAGCCAUGCUAGGCAUGAUCCUCAUAGUAGCUCUCCCCCUAUCCAACAACAGCGGUCGUCUAGCAGGUUACUACCUAACACAAGCUUCACCAACACCAUUCACAGCACUGCUCUCCAUGAUCUCAAGUAACAUCGCAGGCUACACUAAGAAAACAACAGUAGCAGCCUUGUACUUGGUGGCCUACUGUGUAGGCAAUAUCAUCGGCCCCCAGAUUUUUAGACCAACAGAUGCCCCUCGAUACAUGCCGGCGGAAAUCACAAUCAUUGUUUGUUAUGGAGUGUGUGCCUUUGAUGUGGCGUUCAUUUCUUGGUACUAUAAUAGGAUGAACAAGAAGAAUGAAGCUAUCAGAGCAGCACCAGGUUAUAGAAAGCUGGAUAAGCAGGAGUUUCUCGAUCUGACGGAUAAGGAAAAUCAUGAGUUUGUGUACUCGCUAUAG